UGUUCUGGUGGAUUCUCACGUCCAUUUCUUGACUGUAUCCAAUCUACCGGAAAGUCCCCUGAGCUAGAGAAACUAAACAGUUGCUUGAAACAUGACAAAACAGUCGGAUUCUUUUAAAUGGACCUAUCCGGAGGGAGACCUACCCAAAAGAGGACGGGAAAGGCGUCCUGUAUUUAUAACAGCUAUCGCUUCACUCUCUACAGCAGUGGUUCUUGGCUCCAUUGUCUUCGGUGUCAUAUUCUACCUUCAACAAACCAAACCAGAGAAACCCGAGUGGGUAUCGUGGACCCGUAAAGCUGGAGAUGUGAACAUCCACGAGUCGGUUUUGAUUGAUGACAAAGAAGAAACGGUUCUCAUGGUGUCGGCGGAGGCGCAUAGGAUUAGUGAGGAAAACUCCAUGGCCCUUCAUGAUUUUAAACAAGUUACGUAGCGCUGAGGGACUUUGGCAGGGGGAUGUGUUUGGUUACCAAGGUGAAAAUCCCGGAUUUCCGGUACGUCAAGCAGAUGUUGGAAGCCAGACGAGGUAAAACCCUCGACCUUCAGCCAUUAAAGCAAGGCAAAGAAGAGCUCCGCAAUAUGACGUCAUCACAGUUGGGGCCCAAGUUGAGCCAGUUUUGUGACGGAGUUCCAGCUCAUUGGUUCGAUAUCGCAGAGAC